UCCAGCUAUUUGCAGUAACCGUGGGAUCUGAAUAACAGCUACCAGUUAUAAUUUUCAGAUACUGUUAAAGCCUUGCUCACAUUAUUCUAAGAGCGCCCGUGCACGGAGAACGUUCGUUAUAAAUAUAAAGGCCUUCUAAUCUUUGGGACAUGGCCAGGCAAGAACAGGUUCUGCUCCUUGAGCCACAGCACGAGCUGAGAUUCCGAGGUCCAUUUACAGAUGUAGUCACCACCACCCUAAAGCUUUCAAACCCCACAGACAGGAACGUUUGCUUCAAAGUAAAGACAACUGCACCGCGCCGCUACUGCGUCCGUCCAAACAGUGGAGUCAUCGAUGCUGGCACCUCCAUCAACGUGUCAGUGAUGCUGCAGCCCUUUGACUAUGACCCGAAUGAGAAGAGCAAACACAAAUUCAUGGUACAGUCCUUGGUGGCUCCACCUGACAUGACUGACACGGAGAGCGUGUGGAAGGAGGCCAAGCCUGAGGAGCUGAUGGACUCAAAGCUGAGGUGUGUCUUUGAGAUGCCAAUUGAGAAUGAGAAAAUGCAGCACGACAUGGACAGCAACAAGAUGGUCUCCUCCAGUCUGCUGAAGUCGGAGUCAUCCACAUUGUCCAUGAAGUCUGUAGUGUCCAGUCUGGAUGAUGGAGAGGUGAAGAGGAUUAUGGAGGAGUGUAAAAGACUGCAGAUGGAAGUACAGCGACUACGGGAAGAAAACAAACAGAUUAGGGAAGACGAUGGUCUUCGGAUGAGGAAGAGCACAGCAGUGUCGUCGCAGCAUUCAUCCUCUUCCUCAGGUGUGACGGUGAAGGAGGAAGGCUUCAGCGCCCGGGCAGUGGCUCUGAUUGUGUUGUUCUUUGUUGUAGGUGUGGUAAUUGGAAAACUGGUCUUGUAAAGUUAACAGAAAAGCAGCUGCAGCAUGACGUAUGGAUAAAAUACACAAACAAACAAACAAACAAACAAAUGAACAAA